AUGGAAACCAAUCUCUUGGACAGUCUCCUUGAUCUAGAGGAGCAAUUCUAUAAUGAGGGCUUCCGACUUGGUACCGUGGAUGGAGCGGAAACUGGAUAUACUGAAGGAAGUGUGUUCGCCGUUGAGAAAGGCUUCGAGAAGUUUGUUGAGAUGGGACGUCUGUACGGCAAAGCACUGGUUUGGGCACAAAGACUCGAAUUGAAGUCAUCAGAUAGCACCACAGCGCAACCCGCCAAUACCACGGACGACAUUUCCCUUGAUCCAUCCAUUUGCAAAGAUAUGCCAAGUCUCCCGGCUCACAGCACACGCCUCGUCAGGAACCUCCACACACUUCUUGAGCUCGUCGACCCGGCUACACUGGACAUGAGCAAUACAGAGGAAGCUGUCAAUGAUGUGGAUGAACGCCUCAAGGGUGCCGCUACCAAGACCAAGCUCAUCCAGCGCGCAAUGGGUGAACGCGAGGAGUCGAGUGCUCAGGCUGAACCCAAAGAUAUGGCAGCAUCUGGCGAUGGCAGCGGCAGUAUUGAAGACAUUAGCGCCUUGAACAUCCGUCACUGA